AUGCAGCUUCUUGCAGGCCUGUUGCAAGAAAUGCUUUGGUUAGAACGGCCUACAAAGUUUGCUGAAGAUGUUGGAAUUUGUGGCCGCGGCCCAGACUUGAGGGAGAUGCAGGCUCCCAUCAGUUGGAGUACAGACGUAGCUGCAUUUCAUGUCUCACGGAUUGUUUACCACAGCGGUUCGUUGGCUGCCUGGCAGUUGUGCAAUGCUCCUGUCAAUGGCUUGGCAAAAAGAGGCUUCGAGAGCGAGAUGACAAAACAAGUGCCUCUGCCAAGCAACGAAAGACUUCCCACGGAACCAGCGAGCCCCUAG